GAAAUGGUCCCUCCAUCUGGCUACGUUUUCCAGCAGCAGCGUCGUCACUGUAGUACGCGCGACAAAAAUCUAUAUUAAAAUGGAGGAGAAGAGCCAGGCCGCGGAGCGCGAAACCAAGAAGGAUGAGGCCCAUGAGAAGGACGCGCGGAACAAGAGUUCGAAGAAGAGAGAAGCUCGGAAGAAAAAGAAAGAGGCGGCACAAGCAGCUAGUGAAAAUCAUAACAAUAAUAAGGAGGAGAAAGAGAUGUCUAGCGCGUGCAAUAUCUCUAUAAAGGAUAUCCAAAUGGCAAUGGAAGUAUUUAAUAUACAACAAAAACCUGCCAAAACUCAGGAGGAAGCAUUGCAAAAGCCUUAUCAAUUUUGGAGUACGCAACCCGUACCAAAAAUGGAUGAAAAAAUUGUACGCAAUGAGCCAAUUGAGCCCGAUAAGACAUCUAUUAGGGCAGAGCCCUAUUCGCUUCCUGCCGAUUUUCAAUGGGACACAUUGAAUUUGGAUGAUCCUUUGGUUUUGUCAGAAUUGUACACAUUACUCUCAGAGAAUUAUGUCGAGGACGAUGACGCAAUGUUCAGAUUUGAUUAUCCUCCCAACUUUUUGAAAUGGGCACUACAGCCUCCUGGUUGGUGCAAGGAAUGGCAUUGUGGUGUACGAGUAAGCAAGAGCGGACGUCUAGUCGGUUUUAUUUCCGCUAUCCCAGCUACCUUACGCGUCUACAAUCAUACUCAGAAAAUGGUAGAAAUCAAUUUUCUAUGUGUGCACAAGAAGUUAAGAUCAAAGAGAGUAGCACCAGUAUUGAUACGCGAAAUUACGAGGAGAGUAAAUCUGAAAAGCAUCUUUCAAGCUGUGUACACUGCCGGAGUCGUUUUACCAAAACCUAUUGCAACAUGCAGGUACUGGCAUCGAUCGUUAAAUCCAAAGAAGUUAAUUGACAUUAAAUUCUCACAUCUCACUCGCAACAUGACGAUGCAGAGGACUUUAAAGCUAUACAAACUGCCAGAGAGUACAAAAGUACCAGGUUUCAGAAAAUUGGUUUACACGGAUAUACCACAAGCGCAUAAAAUAUUAACGGAAUAUUUGGAGAAGUUUGAUCUUGCUCCAGUAUUCUCAGUCGAAGAGUUUGAACACUGGUUUUUGCCGCAGACUGGCAUUAUUAACAGCUUUGUUGUAGAGAAGGAGGGGAAAAUCACCGAUAUGGUGAGUUAUUAUACAUUACCAAGCUCCAUUAUGCAUCAUCAGACACACAAGACCCUCAAGGCCGCGUAUAGUUUCUACAAUGUGUCUACCACAACGCCAUGGCUCGAACUAAUGAUGGAUGCCUUAAUAUCAGCGCGUGACUUGGGUUUUGAUGUGUUUAAUGCACUCGACCUCAUGGAUAACAAGGAAUUUCUAGAACCUCUCAAAUUCGGAAUUGGUGAUGGCAAUCUUCAGUACUAUCUAUAUAAUUGGCGUUGUCCCAGUAUGACACCUGGCAAGAUCGGUCUUGUGCUCCAGUAGACUUUUAGCCCAGAAAAUCGCUGUUUAGAGAAAGAAAAAGGAAAGACAUCUUUUCGCAUGUGUGAUCUCGCGAAAGCUUAAAAAAUAGCGAUUAAGUAUGAAUGAACAAGGGAUAUACAAUGCGAUAAAAACGCUGUUAUUAGAUGAGGAUGAGGGUAACCUUAAUCUUUCCUACCAAUAGAAGUAUGUAAAUGUUUGUGGCGAUCGAAAGGAAUCUGAAUUUUCCUGUAGGAUCGGCGAUCAAAUGGACAACUAAAUCCCUCGAAAAAUUGUUCUUGUUUUCAUCAUUUUGUUGACGCGUCUUUGAAUUCUAGAUUGAAUUAUAUACAAUCGGGAUUAAACUAUUAUGAAAAUUGUGCAUUGUACAGCGCACGUGUAUAUACGUAUUUGCAUAAUUCAAAUGUAGAUAAACAUGCAAUUAAUAGCAAUUAUAUGGGAAGCCAUCCUGUAAUUAUCUGAGAAUUUUCGAUUUUUAAUCAUGUAAGUCUUUAGAUGCCAGAUAACUCUUUAAACUCCGUUUUUUCUUUACACCUUCUCAGCUAAUUAGAUAUGUCGAAAUGUGAGUGACAGGCGAGUUAAAAAUAAAAAAUCAUUUAUUGAAAGUAA